AUGUCCAACGACCCACCUCAAACGCCUAUUUCCAAGUAUUCUUCUUCUAAUUACCCCAAACCAGAGGCCGAGUAUCAGGAGAUUAUCCAAAACCCAGAUAUUUUCUUGAGCAAGCUUCAAGCUUUUCACGCUUUCUAUGGCACUAAAUUCAGAGUUCCAACAUUAGGUGGAAACCAAUUGGAUUUACAUCGUCUCUUUUUAGAAGUGACCUCCCGAGGUGGCAUUGAAAAGAUUAUUAAAGAUCGGAGAUGGAAGGAAGUUACCGGAGCCUUUAAUUUCCCUUCCACAAUCACAAGUGCUUCAUUUGUCCUGCGCAAGUAUUAUCUGUCAUUGCUUUUUCAUUUCGAGCAGGUUUAUUAUUUUCGGAGAGAAGAACCCAACAUAUCAUCUCCCGCAACUUGGAGUGCUGAUGGAUCAGCAUCGCCACAUACUCCCGAUGACGGGUCUGCCGCAUCAGAUCAUCUUCAGCUUACAGAGAGUCCGUCCUUAGAGAACGGCAGCCUUGUCACAGGAACAAUCGAGAGAAAAAUCGAUUUUGGUUAUGUGGUGACCGUUAAUUUCGGAGGCGAAGAUUUAAAAGGUGUACUUUAUCACAUCCCAAAUGGCUAUGUUGAGCCCGUUCAUCAUCGUGCGAGGAGAAAGCACCAGAUGGCUAGGGACCCGGCUCACCCGAAAAGAAACCGAAGUGGCUACACUUUCUUUUUCGCCGAGCAGUACCACAGGCUGAGGCCCAUGUACCAUGGCCAAGAACGAGCCAUUAGUAAAAAGAUCGGUCUGUUGUGGGGUAGAUUGACAGAGGCUGAGAAAAAGGUCUAUCAGGACAAAGGUUUGAGAGAUAAGGAAAGGUACAAAGCUGAAAUGUCAGAGUACAAGACAUCACAUCACGCGCCACCUUAA